GGAGCGUCUCGUGUUCUGUUCUGAUUCCAAAGCAUGCUUAGCUGCUCGAGUACCUCUUUGAUACCUAGGUAGUUCCAACACGUUUGAAUUCACAAACGGACUACCAAAAAUGCCUCCUAUCAAUGCAACACUUUGGCGACCCAUCGCGCUCAUCUGGGCCAUGCUGUUCUUCCAAGCUUUUGGAGUCAUGGUCUCGAUCGCGCCGCAGACGCGCCUCUUUGAGGAUAUCGCCUGCCGACGCUAUUUCGGCAGCGGUGACCAGCUGGACGAGGAGCUCUGCAAGGACACGGCGGUUCAGGACGUGGUCAACGGGCUGUUUGGGUGGCAGCUGUUCUUCGACGGGAUCCCGGGCCUUGUCAUGGCCAUGUACUACGGCGCGAUGGCGGACGAAGAGGGGCGCAAGCCUGUCCUGAUGCUCUCGCUGGUUGGACAGGCACUUGGAGCUGCCUGGAUCCUCUUUAUAUGCUGGAUCCGGGUCGACCCGCGGUGGACUUGGCUGUCAUCUGCGUUCUACUUCAUCGGUGGAGGCGGAACGGUAUUCAACGCAGCAGCUAUGAUGAUCCUUACUGAUGCGUCACUUGAGUCGUUCCGUUCCAAAGCAUUUUUCUACUCCCACGGCGUCACAAUCCUUGGAGAGAUGCUUGCCCCACCGCUAGGGGCCUAUCUAAUGGAAAAAAGUCUUUGGGUACCCAUAAUCAUUGGAUUUGUAUGCCUUCUGCUCGCUGUGUGGCUCACAGUCUUUAUGCCUGAGACCCUUUUCGUGGCUGUCACCACAGACCAACAAGAUGAGAGAGGGUAUCAGGCUAUCACGACAGGAGCCGACGGGCCUCCGGAAUCUCGGGGCAUCAAGUGCGAGUUUGACAUCAAGGGCCGGCUCGAGGCGGCUACCAGGCACACCUUGUCGACAUUAGGCUCUGUCCUGAAUCAUCGGAAUCUCGUGUUGCUCAUGGCUGGUUUCUUCUUGACCGACUUUGCGCAGCAGUCUCUCACGGUCCUGUUACGUUAUGUGUCAGCACGAUAUUCAGUGUCACUUGCCAAGGCCAGUUACUUGUACUCUUUCCAGGCCUUUGGACAAAUGAUAGCAUAUGGCAUCGUCCUUCCCCUCCUUGACACUACACUGGUCAGCCAGGUCGGACUCUUGCCUCGUAUCAAGGAUCUUUACCUUUCCCAACUGAGUGCCUUGAUCCUUGCCUUAUCUUUCGCUGUGAUAGCUUUGGCAGCGAGGCUUGACUUUGUCUUUGUCGGUAUUGCAAUCUACACCUUGGGAACUGGCUUCCAUUCCUUUGCACGGUCCCUGGUCAGCUCUCUUGUCGACGUAGAUAUGAUUGGUACAGUGUUCACCGCACUGGCAAUCAUGGACACCCUGGCCAUUCUCUUGGCAGGUCCUGCCAUUGCCGCAGUUCUGAAGCUGAGCAUGCGGCUGGAUGGUGUUGGCAAAGGAUUGCCUUAUUUAUUGGCAUUUCUUUUGUGUGUAAUCACAGCCAUUUUUCUGGCUCAAGUGCGUGUCAAAGAGUCAGCUUCCCGCGACGUACUGGAGGAUGAGGAGCAAAGACUUUUGCCAGGCGGCGAGGAUGAGCGUCGCAACGAAGGACCAGCUUCGCCAUAGCGCUGACUUGAACUGCGUCAUGGUCAGACGGAUUUUUAAGUUCAUGGUCUAGAGAUUUUGGCUACGAUAUCUCAGCACAUGGCAGGUGUUGGUGGAUGGCGACGAGCAGAGUAAUCUUUGGUGGUCUCUGCGCAAGAUCAAAAGAAUCAGCAGCUGCAUUUAUUGGGUAUCGCGGCACGGAAGAAAAGACCAGAUCUCAAAUGAGAACUCUCCAAACGCCUCCUCUUGGCCACCAUUAAAACAAUCUGGACCCUGCCACUGUCACACUCGACCAUGCAGCUCCAUGCCUUCAUCAUACAAACACAGAGUCGCCGUCAUGACACACCGGGGCCCAGGCGGCAGCACUUUUCCCUGACGCCAAACCAAACCAAAAAAAGAAAUCACUCUUGACGCAUCCAAACCGAUAGAUGGAUGGCCGGAGGACAGCGAAAACCUCCUGAGAUAGCGCAGCCGCGAGCCGAGCCACCACCUCCACCGCUACUGCCCCAUCCGCUGUCGCUGCGCGGCUGGUGCAUCUUCUUCACCCUCUGACGAGGCACCUCGGCGUCGACGGCGCGAGCCCUGUGUGUCGACAGCCUCCUGGCGCCGCCGGAUCUCCAGGUCGUUGGCGACGACCUGGGCGUCCGCGACACCGCCCAGGCCGCGGCCGGCCCCCUGCAGCGUGUUAGCCGCAGCGGUCAUGUCGAGGGCGGCACGUUCACCGUGGUCGCGGCGCACGCACGCAACAGUCGCGUCGUCCCGUAGGUUGCGCCGCAGCGCCUCCGUGCCGGGGACCACGGCGGCGGCGGGGGUGGCCGGGGUGGACGGCUCGUCCAGCUCGGCUGACAGGGUGGAGUCUACCGCCGACGAGGCCUUCGAGAAGUUGCGCUUCCUGCCUCUGCCUGGCAGCGUAUCUGGCGAGAGUCCGGCGUGGGCAGGCUCUUUGCCCUUGCCCUUGCCCUUGCCCUUUCCCCUGGCCUUGCCUCUGUUUAUGCCACCGCCGAUGUCACUAACGGUACCGUCGCUAUCACCGUCGUCGUAGUCAUCAUCCGGGCUGGUCUGCCACGUGAGACCCAACUGGGCCCAGCGGGCCGCCCAGCGGGCCGCUGUCUCGUCGUAGUGGUUGGGCCGGCCGGCGAACAUGUCACGCGCGAGCUCGGGGAUCCCGAAGGGCCGCCGCGCGUGGCCUACGACACUCGGAGUAGGGGCGUAGGCCUCGCGGAGCUGCAGCCGGGAUGCCCGGGCGUAGGGGUCGGGCUCGAGAAAAGGCGGGGGCGGAGCCGUGGCUGAGUCUGUCGCGUGGUCUUGGUCCUCCAGGACGCUCGAGGCAGUGGCGGGAGGAGUUCUAGUGACGACAACACUCUCGGGGAUGGGAACAUGGGAAGAUGGCUCCGCUUGUUGCUGGGCUUGUUCCGCGGUCUGGCUCCUCUCAUGCACCACUGGCUGAGCCCCGGGUUGGUCCCGUACCUGCCGUUGUGGUUGCUGAACCCAGGGCUGGAAGUGUUGCAGCGUAUGCGGUUGCUGCUGAACUUGGCCCCGUUCUCCCUGCGAUAUUGACAGAGCUUGGUUCCAAUGCGGUCCAUUACCUGAGGGUUCCCUUGCCGGGGCUGCAUGUGCCCCCGCCCACGGCUGCCGUGUAUGCUCGUUCACUUGGAAUGGGUGUUCUUGGAGGGAGGAGUGCUUUCCGCGCUCCAUAGGCUUGUGCUCUUUCUGCUUCUGCUCAUUGCUCGACAGGUCAUCGGACUGCUCCACAUGCCCAUGAGGCGUUGCAUGACGAGCUUGGAACCCUCGCUCAAAUUCCUCAAAAAAAGGGACUUGCAGACCCUGUUGUGUCGAAGGUUCGCCCGGCUGUCCACGAGGGUGACCCUGUUGGUGAGGUGGCAGCUGAGGGGCGUAUGGGAAGGAGUUCCCGCCAUAAGGUUGGCCAGUAAAGGGAAAAUGACCAGGCACAGGCUGACUACGGGGCACAUUGCCUUGUGGGACAUAUCCUCUCUCAUUGUACAUUCCAGGCGGCUGGGGAACGUGUUGGUGAAAACCUGGGCCAGCGAAACCAGGUGGUGUAUGGGUCGACGAGAAUGGGAGGGGCUGACGGCCUUGGAAGCCUCCAAAAUUGUUUGGUACCGGGUAGCCGCUGUGAGGAAACUGAGGGCCAGGUGGUGUGUGAGGAAAUUGAGGACCAGGUGGUGUGUUAAGUCGAGGAGGUAGUUGACCGUAGAUCGGUCCCAUAGGCAUGACAAGUCCCCCUUGGAUUGGAGGCUGGCCAGCAACAAACGGUAGCAUACCGGGCGGCAUCGUCUGAGCCGUAAACGAUUGAUUGUAUCCCUGAGGCA